CUGUUAGCCGCUAACAGCGCGACCCGCUGCGGAUCGGAGAAACACAGAGAGCCGCGCCGGAGGGAGCCGAAACGGAGCCGAAACCCCGCGGAGACAUGACUCCACAACCUGGAAACCCGUAUAAGCCGUUAUCGAUCAGAUAGAAUAUUAGAGUAGCUCGCUCGGAGUCGGUUAGAGAGCGGCUCUCAGUCGGAGGGAGAGUUAGCGUUAGCGUUAGCACCCAGCCUAGCUGCGGUGCUUUGGCGUUAGCAUUAGCCAAGCCGCUAACUGCCCCGCUUUUCCCCAACGCAGCGCGGAUGAGGAACACGGGCUGAACGGCUCGGGCUGUAAAACGUUGCGGCUGCUCAUUAAAACUCUGCGCAUCAUCAGCAUCAUCGUCACAGGCAGCUGCAGCACUUAUGAAGAAUGACAGUGUGUGUGCUGGUGGGGAAUGAAUCAGGAACCCUGAUGGCUGGAUCUGGGCAUCAAAUGGUCCUCUGAAGAAGCCAUGGGAAGCUGCUGGAGCUGUCCAGACAGAGAGUCAAUUCCUGACAAUCACCAGAGUAAAUUUAAGGUGGUUAAUGUGGAUGAUGACGGGAAUGAGCUGGGUGCUGGAAUCAUGGAGCUGACUGAAGAGGAGCUGGUCCUCCGCACACACAAGUGUGACGCGGUCAGGUGGCCUUACCUGUGCCUGCGUCGCUAUGGUUACGACUCCAACCUCUUCUCCUUCGAGAGCGGCCGCCGCUGCCAAACCGGGCAAGGGAUCUUUGCCUUUAAGUGUGCGCGAGCGGAGGAAAUCUUCAACAUGCUGCAGGACAUCAUGCACAACAACAGCAUCAGUGUGGUGGAGGAACCCGUGUUUGAGCCGGCGCUCACACACACCGAGCCGGACCCUCCGCUCACCCCACGCACUCCCACCAGUGCUGCUCUUCCUGCCUUACCGAAUGGGAGCCUGCGGUACCCGUCUCUGGGAGACGCCUCCUCUCACCCCUCCAGCAGACACCCGUCAGUGGGCAGUACCCGCCUGCCCUCAGUGGGAGAGGAGUCCACACACCCGCUGCUGCUGCCGGACGACUCCGUGCGGGGCCACACGUAUGUGAACACGACGGGUCUGCUGGAGGAUCAGCAUGGUGCUUUAGAUGCCCCCCCACCCCACAGCCCCCCCGCAGCAGAGGGGGACGAGGGCCUGCAGGCUCCGGAGCCCGGCCCACGGGUCCAGCUGGAGACGGAGGGAGUCCGCUUCGUCCUCGGCCCCACACCUGUCCAGAGGCAGCUGAUGGCCCGGGAGAGGCAGCAGGAGGCCGGCCGGGCGAGCGAGGGGGCAGCCGGCCCCGCCCAGAACACUUUUGCUAAUACUAAUGCUAACGGUACAGUGGCACCUCCGCCCAGGCCGGGCACGGCAGAACAGGACAGCAGCACGUUUAAAAAAGAGAGUGGCCGGGUGGACGAGGCUCCGGAUCAAUUGAACGGUCCUGUUCCCGUUCCUGUUCCCGUUCCCGUCCCGGCCGUGUACGGUCCGUCCCGCCGCAGGACGCGUCCGCCGCCUCUCAGUCCCGACGCCAACGUCAACAACUCGGCCCAACGCAGAACGGCCCUGCUGGACUACGAGAACCUGCCGGCGCUGCCGCCGCUCCGAGAGGACCCGAAGGCCGGCUCCGAGGACGAGGACGAGUCCCUGCGGUCCACGAAGCAUCCGCAGCCGCUCAACGGCUUCACACACAACCACCGGGGGCAGUGCAGCCCGGACGCCGCCCACCUCUACAUAAACACAGAGAACGUCACGGCGCCCCCUAGCUCGGGGAAGCUGGAGUCGGCCCGCUGGCGCGAUCGCUCCGCCCCCAGCGUGUUCAGCUUCGACUUCCGGCGGCCCUGCGAGCCGCACGCCCUCAACUACAUAGAGGUGGAGACGGAGCCUGACAGAGAGCGAGAGAGGGGGUCGGACUCGAGCGCCCCGCAGACCCCCAAAACCCCAACGUCCCCCCUCCCGCAGACGCCCACGCGCCGCACCGAACUGUACGCCGUGAUUGACGUGGAGCGGACGGCUGCCAUGUCCAGCCUGCAGAAAGCACUGCCACGCUACGACGGUACCUCCAGGAAAACACGCCACAACAGCGUGGACCUGCCCAUGUGAGCCCCCCGCCAAACCUACCCUCCCGCCCCUCGACACACUGUUCCCUCUGAGGCAGGGUCAUCAGGGCCGUUGUGGAGGGCGAAAGCUUCCAGCGCGGUUUGGUGAUUUCACUGCUCUGACACCCGACUAGGGCUGCACCGUAUAUCACACAGCAUAGAAUAAACAUAGAAUUAAAACCUCUCUUUGUUUUCAUUAACUACCGUGUUAUGAGAUCCUGUUGUCUUGGCUCGUCUGCGCUUUGCAGAGAUGCUGUAGCGUCGCGCCACUUACAGGAAUAGUCAAUCAUACUUGCUAAUGUUGCUAACAAUGAAUGCAAUCCAGUUGACCUCCGUUAGCAUGGCCGUCUGAAUAACAGUUACAUUCAGGGUUAGAAACAUUAGCAUUUUUGACUGAAAGCAGUCACACACGGUUAUUGGAAUCUGAAACGGUACGAUUAUCAGAGUUUUAUGUUGUCGUUUGUUAUUCAUUUGUUAUUCGUUGUGAUGUCGGCCUUUGAAACAUAGAUAUCACAAAAGGCUUUGGUGUGAAAAAUGAGCUCCCUGAUCAUCAUAUUAGGAUCAUUUUAUACAUGUAUAUGUAACAAAAGUGGUUUUAUAUCAUUGAAAACAGAGACUCCAAACUUUUAAAUGGUGACCUUUGCAAUACAGAUGUGCGAAUGAGCUCUGGGCGCUGCCUUUAUCUCAAACCUGGACGAGUUUCUGGUGCAUUCAUGUGAUCUUGCACCUGUAAAGAAGCAUUAAUCAGGCUCCACCUUCGUCUCAUCCAGGGUUGUAAUAUAUUGCCAGAUGCAUUGCAGUCACAGUUGUACACUGCUGUUCAAAUGUUUGGAGUCACUCAUCUUGUUAAUAGUUGUUAUACCAACAAGCAAACACCAAGUAAGAUUAAAGCACUUUUUCAUUCAUCAUUUUAAUUAUCAGUUAUCAUUUAGUCAGUUUGGGUGUUUUUCACACCACAUUGUAUGUCUUUACAUAUUAAUGUUAGACUCAAAAAGAAGGUCCGGCUCGAUGUUUCGGCCUCAAAUGAUCUCAAAUCAUCAUCAUACUGAUGAAGAUAUGAUGACAAUAGUAAAUAAUUCACUCACAUCCUCAGAGACGCUCCUCACCAAGUUUAGACUGAGUUCUCUUUCAAUUAUCAGAUUCAUCCGCUUGGCAAAGGGAUGCCUAUGUUUUGCAUGUCGCAUGCAGUUACACAUUUCCACCAGAGAGGGCUCCAAACCCCCUAAACUUGCAUAGUACAGCUUUAGCUAUUUUAAACAAAGCUGUUCAAAUUAAAGCUGCUGACAGUUGCUUGUUACAAAAUAAUGAUAAAUAGAGCAGAUUGUGACUAUUUUUGAAAUAUAAAGCAUUAAGAAUAAUUUUAUUAUAACUUCACUCAGCUACUUUUCUCAGUCAUUAUGGAAUCAUCUUUCUUAGUUUUCACAGCUACAAGUUGUUUAGCAUCAUAAAAUCAUUUUCUCUGUGUAUCUGCAACAAAAUUGGUUUUACAUCAUUGUAAACAAACUUUGAAUGGCAGUGUAACUGCAGUAGGUGGCGCUGUGCAGCACGAACAGUUGAUGACUGAGUUAAUUCAGGUGUAUCAGAGCAGUAAAAUCCACUGGACCGUGCUGGACUGAAGCCCUCCAGGAUCGAAACUGAUGACUCCUGGUCUGAUGAGCUCGUUUGAAGAGGAAGCAGUCGGUCAGAACGUCACUCUGCUUAUAUCAAAGUGAACUCUCGGAGGGAACGGUGUACCCCGCCCCACCCCGCCCCGCCCCACCCCACGCUGCACCUUUUUAUAUAAAUAAACUGUUUAAAAACUCCAAAGGCAGGUGGGCUCGCACUCACGAAUGUCAGCUUUUUUCAGAACACCUGUAGAACUUUUUUUUUGACGUAGUUGAACGAGUCGCUCUGUGAGAGGUGCAGGCCGACGGACGGCGCGGCUUCGCCACACAAUCAUUUUAUUCCUAUGGUAAUAUAACUACUACUCCCCUUACACUCAUUUUCCAGUGCCUGUGUAUUGUGGUUUUAUUAUGUUAAUAACAAGGUUGGACUACAGUCCUUGUCCAUUCCAUACAAAUCAGUAUUACUGAUCAAAGCAUUCCUGUUUGUUUUCAUUUGUUUUUGUUUUUUUUUUUGCCUUUAUAUUGAAAUGACACUACAGGUUGUUGUAAUAUCAAUAUCCAGGGACGUUACGGUACACUACAGCUGCAAUUUUUCUCUGACUGCAUAUAGAUUUCACUACUCAGCACAAUAAAAGUCUAUUUUGUUUGAUUCAUA